UGAAUAGUAGACCAUAAACCUAUGGCGUAAAGUAGAAUGGCAACUACAUUUCCCAAGAUUCCACGUAUUUCACUGUCCCUUGUUUUGUAGGGAAAGCAAAAGUUUAAGAGCGGAGUCCAUAAGAGCGAAGACUGGAGUAUCGCGCGUGUUUGAUCGGAAAGCUGCAUGGUCUAAAACUGGACGGGAGACAAAAUGCUGGCUCGAGCGUCCGUUACCCGCCGUUACAGGCUCUCUAAUCACGUUUUAAGCGGACACCUUCAAGCUACCUUGCAGCAGGGGAGGCACGCGACAACAGAGGCUCCUCUGAAGCGGACUCCUCUCCAUGACUUCCACGUGGCUCAGGGAGGGAAGAUGGUGGAGUUUGCUGGAUGGAGCAUGCCUGUGCAGUACAAAGACAGCCAUAUCAGCUCCCAUCUCCAUACACGCCAUCAGUGCUCUGCCUUUGAUGUCAGCCACAUGCUACAGACCAAAGUCUAUGGGAAAGACAGAGUAAAGUUCAUUGAAUCUUUGAUUGUUGGAGAUAUCGCAGAGCUAAAGGACAACCAGGGCACCCUCUCUUUGUUCACCAAUGCAAAAGGAGGAAUCAUGGAUGACCUGAUCGUGACUAAGACUGAUCAGGGCUACCUGUAUGUGGUGUCCAAUGCUGGCUGUGCAGACAAAGACUCUGCCCAUAUGAAGGCCAAAUUGCAAGAGUUUAAAGUGGCAGGUCAUGAUGUUGAUUUGGAGUAUUUGGAGGAGAGUCUGAUUGCCCUGCAGGGCCCUUCGAUGGCAGGAGUGCUGCAGGAGGGUGUGUCUGAUGACCUCAAUAAGCUGACCUUUAUGAGCAGUGUUUUGACCCCAGUGUUUGGCAUCCGAGGUUGUAGGGUCACUCGGUGUGGAUACACAGGGGAGGAUGGUGUUGAGAUCUCAGUUCCGCCUGGGAGUGUGAUUGCAUUGAUGGAGAGGCUGCUAGCCUGCAGUCAAGUGAAACUGGCUGGACUUGGUGCCAGAGACAGCCUCAGACUGGAGGCAGGGCUAUGUCUCUAUGGCAACGACAUUGAUGAAACUACGACACCUGUGGAAGCAAGUCUCGUCUGGACUAUAGGUAAGCGUCGUAGGCAGGCAAGAGAUUUUCCAGGGGCCGAUAUCAUCAUCCCCCAGAUUAAAGCAAAGACUCAGCGGAAGAGAGUGGGACUGAUCUCCACUGGCCCCCCUAUCAGACAGCACACCCCCAUACUCAGUCUUGAUGGAAGAAUUAUAGGUGAGGUCACCAGCGGAUGCCCCUCCCCCUGCCUUAAGCAAAAUGUUGCCAUGGGUUAUGUGGAGACGAGCUUUAGUAAAUUGGGCACACACAUUCAGGUAGAGGUUAGAAAGAAGUUUGUACCAGCAGUGAUCAGCAAAAUGCCAUUUGUGCCCACGAACUAUUACACUGGAUAUUAGAACAGUCAUUGACUUCCCAAUACAUCUCAUGUCAUAAGCCAACACACUGGCUAAUAAGCCUAUCUUUGAUCAGUUUCAGACCUGAUACCAUACAUCACUUGAAAUCACAUGCACUGCACUACAGGGUAAAAUAAUUUCUAAUUUGAGAAUACAAAUUGGAGAAUUUCUGUUUUAUUUUAAACACACAUUGUGACCACGUGUGGAAAUUAUUUCUGGAGUCUGUCAACUUUAUACAUUCCAGCUUGUCGGGGAGUGAUUUGUUGUUCUUUAUAUUCUAUGACACACACCAUGCCAUCACAUACAUCAAACAUCAACCACUGCUGUUUUUAUGUUUGUGUUAUAUUUGUUCUAGCUUGUUUGCACAUGGUUAUAUUUGUACAUGGUUAUGUAACAGUCUGUGUAUGUGUGGGAAUGACAUCUGUUUUGAAGGACACCCUCCAGUUGUCGUACUGCAGUUCCAUUUAUGCAAUGCAGGGAUCAACUACUAGUUAGAUUUAUACUGAAUAACCAAACUAAUGACCAUGACAACAUUUUCUAAAGCUACUAUCAAGAAUGUGUGUAACUUAGUACCCUGUAACUAAGUGCCAUUGUUCUUAGAAUGUUUGUCUGCAGUAAAUUAGCUUACAUUGGUUUAUAUACAUGUCAGUCUUCUUGUCAGAAUAUAGUUUAUAAGUUUAACACUAACAAACAUUGACAAACAGGCUUAUUUUGCAAGUCCUCUCUUAUCUUAGACUGUGAAGCUAAACUAAUGGGCCCAAAUAUAUAGUAAAAACUGAGAAAUGCUGUAAUAAAGAAUACAUUUCUGUAUAUUUUAGGAUAUUAAUAAAAAUAAAAUUGUAAUGUUUACAUUAACA